UUCCUUCACCUCCAGCACUCAGCACAGAGCUGAGCACUUUACUGUCACUGCGUGCUUGGUCAGAUCAUCGUGGGUGAAGUGCGGACCGUCGCCCGGGGUCUCGGAGCGGAUCUGAGGUGAAUAAUGGAGCUGCUGACCCAUGCAGCGGCCAGUGUGGGAUCAGUGAUCGCUGAAGCUUUACGUUCUUUCACUGAACUCUUUCUGGCUCAGCCGCUCAGCGCAGCCCUCGGCCUGCUGGGUGACAUCGACCUCAAAACCUUCGACCCAGAUGAGCGAGUCUUUAAAGCUGGGGAACUGUGGGAGACAUCAGGAGCUGUGAUCAUGGCAGUAAGAAGACCUGGAUGAUUCCUGUGCAGAGAGGAAGCCUCUGAGCUGUCCUCUCUGAAGCCACAGUUGGACGAGCUCGGUGUUCCUCUGUUCGCCGUGGUGAAGGAGGACAUCGGCUCAGAGGUUCAGGACUUCAGAUCCCACUUUAAUGGAGACAUUUUCAUCGAUGAGAAGAUGGGGUUCUAUGGACCCCAGGAGCGCAGGAUGGGCGUGUCUGGGUUCCUCCGUGCAGGAGUGUGGAUGAGCGGGUGGAGAGCGUACUGGGGAGGAUUUGGGGGGAACGUAAGGGGAGAGGGGUUCAUCCUGGGUGCCGUGUACGUCAUCGGACCCGGAAAUCAGGGGAUCCUGCUCGAGCACAGAGAAAUGGAGUUUGGAGACAAAGUGAGGACGUCCGACGUCAUGGAGGCCGUCAGACAAAUCCAGUCUAAAGUUCUGCCUCUCACACAGAAUUAGAAAUCAUCCAACCUCAGUGAGACGUCGUACAUGUUAGAUGUUUUAUUACAAAAGUACUGGGACUCCAGUCCCUGAGCAUUCCAAAAUCAUGAGCAUUUAUACCUAAUUGCUCCCUCUUCCAUAAGUAGCUCUAUUGUUAUUCACUCUUCUGGGAAAUCUUAAUGUAAGAGUGUUUCUAUGGGAAUUUGUGCCCAUUCAGUCAAUAGAGUCAGUGAGGUCAGGUACUGAUGUUGGAGGAGAAGGCCCGGCUCACAAUCCAGGUUUAAUUCAUCCCAAAAGUGUUGAGUUGUGUUAAGACCAAGGCUCUGUGUGGACCACUGGACCUUCUUUGCUUAAACCUAGUCCAACCAUAGACCAUGCCACCUUUGUGCUCAGGGGCAUAAUCAUGCUGAAACAGAAAGGGGAACUUCCCCAAACUGGUGCCACAAUGUUAAAAGCAUCUUUUCAUCUCAUUUUUAUACACCUGUUGGCAAUGGAUCAGUACAUUCAGUGUGAGCAAAGCCUCGUUCCAAAAUAAGCCUGAUUUCACAAAUGAUCCUUUAACCGAAUAGGUACAAAUUCCCACAGACACUGUGGAAAGCCGUCCUGGAUUCUUUUCUCACAUAACAACCUACACGCAUGGCAGCGUAAAGCUCACUCGACUGUGGACAGUGUCACCUGUGUACCAGGAGCUUUUAAAAAACUUUUUUUGUACUUUAUUUCACCAUCCAGAAUCAUAUUAAUGAAAUUUAUAUGGGCACAGAGAAGUCAUCAGGUAUAGAUUGUGUAGGAACUGCUUGGACCAUGAAAGAUGUUGAUCAUUCAGUCACAGACACAGAACAGUCGCUGAAAUCAUUAAAUGUCCUGUAUAAGCGUAUGUAAUUGACUUUUGUACACAAUGAUGUUAUUGGUCCUGUUUCUUUCAGUUUCUGUGUGUGUGUGUGUGUGUGUGUGUGUGUGUGUUUCAGAGUGUGUUUAUGACAGGCUGACUCUAAACUCUGGCGAGAGAGCAGACUCGAUGUUUUAUACUCUGCACACACACACACACACACACACGCACACACACACACUAUAAUUGUAAGCUGUUUCACAUUAUUCAAUAAAAAUUGAUCUUUAAAAA